AUGUCUACAACCACCGAACAACAAAAUAAUAACGAAUUAAUCAUGCUCAAGGAACGUUUUCCACACAUCAAUGAAAACAAAUUAACUCGUGUCUUACAACGACAUGGUGGAGAUUUUGAUAAGGUCUGUGCACGUCUCAGUCAACGUGAAGCACGCUGUAAUAAAUGGGAGUCACUUGAAACACGUUUCGGUCCAGCGAUAACAACAAUACAACAGGAUCAUCCAUCCAUGCAAUCCUUUAAACGUCUCCGUUUAUUGAAAACAAUGGAACGUUUUGAUGGUGAUGUUGAAAAAUUUAAUAAUUUUAUACAAAAAGUUGAAGGACGACGUCGUCAUAAAAAUCGAGAUACUAGUAUAUCUCGACGUCAACAACGAGAUGAAUUAAAAACGAAAUAUGCAAGUCAAUUAGCUCAAUUAGCUACGUCUGGCAUCAAUGUCGAUCGUCCAGGUGUACUUCGAUUAUUGGAGAAACAUGAAGGUGAUAUUAACAAGGUGAUUGAAAUAAAUUCACGUCGUACAGGAAGAAAGGAGAAAUUUGCUGAACUUGAUACAAAAUAUGCAAAUCAAAUUGCUCAGCUUGAAGCUGAAGGUCUUUCAAUGAAAAAUAAACGAGUUUUAGCACGUUUAUUGGAAAAAUCAAAUGGAGAUGUUGAUGUUGCUAAACAACUUAUACAGGAGCGAAAAGAGAAACAUUUCCGACGAAAAGAAUAUCGAUGUAAACAUCGAAGUACAUCACCAAUGUUAACAACACAAGAUGGUAAUGAAACAGUAUCAAAAUGUCGAAAACGACAUGAUUUCAAUUCGGAUGAUCAUGAAAAUCUUGCUAAACUUCGUUCAGCUGGUGUACAUGGUAAUCCAAGAAGAAUAUUAGCAAUAUUUCAUGAAUGUAAUGAAUCAAUUGAAUUAACACAAGCUCGAAUUCAAGAAGAACGAGAUAGACGUUUUCGUCAUCGAGAAGAACGAGUCUCAAAACGUACAUUAUUAGCUGAUGUUCAUAACGCUUAUAUAACAAUAAAUCAACGUGAAGAUUGGCCACGCGAUAUUGAACAAGUUUAUCUUGAUGGAAAUAAUAUGAUGUUUGUUGUUAAUUCACUUCGUCGUCUAUGUUUAAAUCGAGCUGGUGAUAAAACUGAACGUGCUAUAGGAGAAAUAGCUGCAGCAUGGAAUCAACAAAUGCAUAUACCAAAUAUUGAACUUAUUUUUGAUUCAACACGUCAAUUAGAUCAAAUUGAUACAGUUAAAGUUACAAGUGCUCAACCAAAAUAUCGAACAACGGAUGAUAUGUUAGUAGAUCUAGCUCGUCGACCUGAAAAUCAUGAAAAAAACAAACGUACAAUUGUUAUUACAUCGGAUCAAGGUUUAGCUGUACUUUUACAACGUGAAGGAUGUUUACUUGUAAAACCAUAUAAUUGGUUCGCACAUUGUGUUAUGGUUUUAACACCUGAUUUAAUAAAUUACGAAGAAAUAACAGGCAUGAUGACAACCGAAUCAUCACCAACAACAGUUAAAAUUCGUUACAAUUUCGAUGAACUUGUACAUCGUAUUGCAAAUAUUGAUAUAUAA